GAGGAGGAGGAGGCUGACAUUAAGACUGUUUCGGAGAAUCGUUCUUGCCGUAUGCAGGCUUCUGAAUCGCUGGUUGAGGUUGGAGUGCAGACGGUUGAUGUUGCGGACUUUCAUUGUGAAGUCGGCUGUCAGACAGAUAGUGUCGUUGGGAUGAAGGGAGGAGCUUCAGGAGUUCUUCUUGGGAAAGUGACUGUGGCGGCGGAGGAGGAGCUGGAGGCGCCCUCGAGUGCGGAGUCUUCUCCGAACGUGCAGUCUGAUUCUGAUAGCCGCGCCUUGUCAGGAGCGUCCCAGGGGUGUCUGAAUCGCCCCGUCACGCUCAAUGAGGUAUCGAAGGAGUCGCGCCAGAGGACUCGAGGGAGAGAUCGUGACAAGGUCAAGGGGACAUCGACGUGCUCUCAGGCCACCAUUGCCGAUGUCAAAGCGUGGAUUGACGCUGUUGCCAGCAUCAACGAGUUGAAUGCGAUCGAGUAUUUAAAGAACGGAAUGGAUUUGUUUGAUAAGCUGGUGACAGAACGUGGGUUCCCUACAAAGAAGGCCCAAAAAGAUUAUGCUCGGAAACUGUAUGAGAUGCUCCAGAAUGUGCAAGCGACGCUGGAGGAUCUCCUAGGAUUCUUCGAGGUGCACAGGUUCUUGACAGGACACAUGAACCGCGCCGAGAUGGCCAAGUUUCUUGAGGUUUCCAAGUGCAGCGAUUACCGAAUAAUAUUCUUCGGACGCCCGAGGAGUUUCGACAAGUUGGGAUGAAGCUAUUCGUGCGCACUUGUAUGCAACUUUCGGUUUAGAACAGCGAAGGCUGUAAUGCUUGUAUCUCACCUGUUCUUGUUUUCCUCACUUUAUCUCUCUGUUUGACCUCUCGCUGGAGCCAUGAUGGCUCUACGGCCCGCUGUGGGCCCCACUAAGCGCUUCAGGUGUGUAAAGGGCAGGAGCCCCUCAUAUUCUUCAGGUGACGUUCUUCCACGGGUUGUUUCCCCGUCUAAUUCGUUGAUUACUUCACAUGUGACGUUGAGCAUACGCCUCUUGUCAUACGGCGGGUUGAACAUGCGUAUUUCGGACUGGUUUGAUGUGAAUAAGAGUUUGUGCUCACUCACGCCUUGCCUGUUUGGAUACGUCCGCUCCUUGCUCCGACUAGGCUGGAAAGCCUGCACAGUCGACCGCAAAGUCCGCAAAAAACAAAGGUUGACGGUUUACCGCCGGCGCCC